AUGGAUUUUCCUGGACACUUUGAACAGAUCUUCCAGCAGCUGAACUACCAGAGACUUCACGGGCAGCUCUGUGAUUGUGUCAUUGUCGUGGGGAACAGACAUUUUAAAGCCCACCGCUCGGUCCUGGCAGCAUGCAGCACGCAUUUCCGAGCCCUGUUCUCAGUGGCAGAGGGAGAUCAGACCAUGAACAUGAUCCAGCUGGAUAGCGAGGUAGUGACAGCGGAGGCCUUUGCCGCACUGAUUGACAUGAUGUACACCUCCACCCUCAUGCUGGGGGAGAGCAAUGUUAUGGAUGUCUUAUUGGCAGCCUCUCACCUGCAUUUGAACUCUGUUGUUAAGGCGUGUAAGCAUUACUUAACGACAAGGACGCUGCCCAUGUCUCCCCCCAGUGAGCGCGUCCAGGAGCAGAGCGCCCGCAUGCAGCGCUCCUUUAUGCUGCAGCAGCUGGGGCUGAGCAUCGUGAGCUCAGCCCUCAAUUCCAGCCAGAGUGGCGAGGAGCAGCCAGCCCCCAUGAGCUCCUCAAUGCGCAGUAACCUGGACCAGCGGACACCCUUCCCCAUGAGACGCCUUCAUAAGCGCAAGCAGUCUGCAGAGGAGCGGGCCAGACAGCGCCUCCGGCCCACCAUGGACGAGUCUGCCAUUGCUGAUGUUACACCGGAGAACGGGCCGUCAGGGGUUCAUUCUCGGGAGGAGUUCUUCUCACCUGAUUCCCUGAAAAUCGUGGAUAACCCUAAGGCUGACGGGAUGGCCGACAACCAGGAAGACAGUGCCAUCAUGUUCGACCAGUCUUUUGGUGCUCAAGAAGACGCCCAGGUGCCCAGCCAGUCAGACAAUACUGCUGGCAGCAUGGCCCAGUUGUCUAUGGCCUCCCGUGCGACUCAGGUUGAGACGAGUUUUGAGCAGGAAGCUGCAGCCGAGAAAAGUGGUUUUCAGUGUGAAAAUCCCGAGGUUGGCCUUGGAGAGAAGGAACACAUGAGAGUGGUGGUUAAAUCUGAGCCCCUGAGCUCUCCUGAGCCUCAGGAUGAAGUGAGCGAUGUGACCUCCCAAGCAGAAGGCAGCGAAUCCGUGGAAGUCGAAGGGGUUGUGGUCAGUGCCGAGAAGAUAGACCUCAGCCCUGAAAGCAGUGAUCGGAGUUUUUCAGAUCCCCAGUCUAGCACUGACAGGGUAGGUGACAUCCAUAUUUUGGAAGUCACAAAUAACCUAGAACAUAAAUCCACUUUCAGCAUUUCAAAUUUUCUUAACAAGGGCAGAGGGAGUAACUUUAGUGCAAAUCAGAACAAUGAUGAUAAUAUCCCAAACACUACUAGUGACUGUAGGCUGGAGGGGGAGGCCCCUUAUUUGCUGAGUCCAGAGGCUGGGCCUGCGGGCGGGCCCUCCUCGGCCCCUGGCUCUCAUGUGGAGAACCCGUUCAGUGAGCCUGCAGACUCCCAUUUCGUCAGGCCUAUGCAAGAGGUGAUGGGCCUGCCAUGCGUGCAGACCUCAGGCUACCAAGGAGGAGAACAGUUUGGGAUGGACUUUUCCCGGUCUGGUUUGGGCCUCCACUCCUCCUUCUCCAGGGUCAUGAUGGGUUCCCCGAGAGGAGGAGCCAGUAACUUUCCAUACUACCGACGCAUAGCUCCCAAAAUGCCAGUUGUAACUUCUGUCAGGAGCUCACAGAUCCCAGAAAACUCUGCCAGUUCCCAGCUAAUGAUGAAUGCGGCCACGUCCUCAUUUGAAAACGGCCAUCCUUCGCAGCCCGGCCCUCCGCAGUUGACCAGGGCAUCUGCUGAUGUCCUGUCCAAGUGCAAGAAGGCCUUAUCAGAGCACAACGUCUUGGUUGUAGAGGGGGCUCGCAAGUAUGCCUGCAAAAUCUGCUGCAAGACUUUUCUGACCUUGACAGAUUGCAAGAAGCACAUCCGAGUUCACACAGGUGAAAAACCCUACGCCUGCCUCAAGUGCGGCAAGAGGUUCAGUCAGUCCAGCCACCUGUAUAAACAUUCAAAGACCACGUGCCUGCGCUGGCAGGGCAGCAGUCUCCCCAGCACUUUGCUCUAACCGGGCCGCUCGGCAGCAGGCCGGCGCCAGUCGUCUCACCGAAGCGGACGGCUCUUGUGGUUGGUGGUAGAGGCCACUGGGCUGGAGGCCUCGGGCCCCCGAUGGCUGGUGCAAAUGCCGGUGACUAGCAGCUGGAGAGUACAUGCGCGGGGCCGUUGGGCUGCGGCCGCAUCUCGCAGUGAGAUGCACACUUCCGGAGAGGGACGCGAUCCCUGAAACCGAGUUCUUCCUUAGGGUUGAGUACUGCGGUCAGAAAGUAGUUUGUAAUUGAUGGCGUUAAAAGUGGCACAUUUAAAAAUUAAAAAUCGAAGUGCAAAAAAAUUUUUUUUAGCAAUUUUUAUAAAACUCUGUGAAGCAUUUAAGUAAAUUUCCUAUAUCCUCCGAAGGGAAUAUUAUAUACCCGUACAGCGCUGCACACCGUACUUACGUGUAGCCGGUGGCGAUCUUGUGCCUGUCUGAAAGGAAGGCCCUUGGGGACAUGCCUGUCCGCCACAAAUGCUUUAAAGUGUAUCAGGAGCUAGUCCGAGGCCUCAGCAAGUACUGUAUUUUUAAUUUUUGUCUCAACUGCAGUCACAGACACUGCACUUUGAUGGUGCUGACACUGGGUCCAGAGCGAGCAUUCUCCGGACUGUUAGGUGUACAUACUUUUGAAAACAUCACUGCUGGAUAGAUGUUUUAACAACUUUUCCUGGUUUUAAAAACACAGUUGUAAAUGGAGUAUGUACCGUAGGGAGUGGCAAGUAAGGUGUUGUUUCUGUACGUGCUGUUUUAGCAGUAUUUUACCCAACCUGUAUUACAUAUGUUACAGUUCCAUGUUUGGAAGUCAGAAAAGAGCUAGUGUUUGUCUUUGUUAAAUGAUGUGGAGUCCUGUUUUGUGGGAUCUUUCAUGGUGCAUUCACCCUUUGCUCCAUCCAGGCUUUGGGGGCCCGUCCAGCCUGACACAUCUCACCAGUGACAGGCCCGCUCUCUGCUUUGCUUCUCCGCACUCCUGCCCCGCGUGGCAUCUUGUCCAGGCCUGCAUUACUGUUUUGUUGCAGACUAACCAAAAAUGAUGCUAACACGUCUCCACCGUGGGUUGAUCACUUUUAUAUACUAUAGUUUUAAAGUCUAGACCCUGAGCUUUUAGCGUUGUUGCCCCAACCCAAGACUGAAUGUCUCAAAUUGUUUAAAAUCCAAACAUAGUAGCGGUGUUCCCAGGUAAAUAUUUUCCAGACUUUGUAAGAGAGUUGGGCAGCCCGGAGCACGGAAGUCACCGAGUAGCACCGGAGACUGCUGGAGGACACAGUUGGGCCACUGCCCGGGGCCUCCGUGGCCCCCGCCUCGCUUCGCCAGCCCCACC